AUGUUAGGACAUGAGAGAAAUGACAUUAAAAUGCAUUCAUAUGUCAAAUUUAUUAUUUUGGUUCUAAUACUGCUCAAUAAAUGCACCGCCAACUAUAUUCCCGUUGGAAGAACAGAUUUUGCGGCAAUACUAUUAUCAAAUAAAAUAUAUUUUUAUGGUGGAUGGAAUUUAUCUGUGUUAAAUGAUUUGUUUUAUAUCGAUUUGAAUCAAUCAUUUGAUUCUUCCAAUCCGUCAUUUCAACUCAAUUUCACGUCGAUGCAGAAAGGAGGUCAUAGCGCUGUUACUUAUGAAGACGAAAUAAUUAUUUUUGGUGGAUAUAAUACGGUUGGAAACAUUAAUGAUCUCGUCAUAAUCAAAGAAGUACCUUCUAAUUAUAUCCUAACGAUUACAAGCACGAAUAGUUCAAAUCUUAGUUCAUGGCCGUCUCCAAGAAAAUGGCAGACGGCAGUAAUCAAUUCUAUGAAAGAAAAAAUGUAUGUUUGGGGAGGUUCAUCAGCUUCUGGUCCCAACAUCGAUUUAAAUGAUGGUGCAAUGUACAUAUUUGAUGCCCUAAGUUAUUCAUGGAAUGUCAAUAAAGUGCUAACUCAACCAAUAGGUCGUCAACGCAAUACAGCGACACUAAUUCCUGAUGGAAAUAUAAUUAUGAUUGGAGGAUACUUUAAUCUUGAUAUAGCACAGAUAGCCACAAUAAAUGGUAUAGUUUCUGCUAGAUGGGGUCAUACAGCCACCCUUGCAACUAAUAAUCAAAGUAUAAUAAUGUUUGGAGGCAUAUCCAAUUCUUCUGAAACGAUAGAUGGUAUCGCGGUUCUGGAUCUCACUACUUAUGUUUGGAUGUCAAUUACACCUUCUGGUAAUCCGCCAAUUAAAACGCCGAACUCACAUACAGCUACACUCCAUGAUAGCAUAAUCGGUACUACAAGUUUUAUCAAUACUGUAAGCAUCCUAGACAUCUCGAACAACCAAUAUAAAUGGGUCAAUUCGUAUAACCCGCGCAUUCCAAACCCAAAUUUAAAUCCAUCAAAUCCAUCAAAUACACCUAACAGUCGGAAUAUCUGGAUUAUUGUAGGGCCAGUUAUUGGAAGCGUUGUGGGUAUUGGAUUGUUAGGUAUCAUUGGUUAUUUGAUUUAUUACACUAGUAAAUUGAAGAAAGAAAUAAGGUUUGGGAAUUCCCAUCUUUCUGCAAACGAGGUAGUUGAUAAUAGAAUAAAUGUCAAUAGAGUAGCUGAUAAUGAGAGAGCUAAUAAUGAGGUUGUUUUUG